UCAGGUUUCAGGGAGGCGCACAAGGGAUCUCGGCGGAUCUCGGAUCUCUUGAAGAUUUCUCCACGAACUCCGGCAGAUGAGCGUUUCCGGCGAGCGCCCGAGUGCCAAAACAUCGACCCGCGUUGGCCAGCUCUGUAGGAGCAGCUGUUAUGUGUGUUUUCUUUGUUUGCUCUGAAGCUCUGGCAACGGGUUGGAAAACCAUAAAAGACACGCCUUGUAAGCAGCAACACAGGCACGUUUUGUGAUCUGUAAAAGCUUUAUUUCAAAUGGCAGCUGAUCUCAUCAUCAGGAUUACAGCGUUGGGAAAAACUGGCAACAACUGAAUGGUGCAACUGGUUAACAUCAGCUACGUCUCUAUAAUAAUGUUAUUUAAUUCUACCUGUGAGGUUUCUAACAGAACAGUGGCCUUCUUCUACGAAAAGACUGGCAAGCCCAUCAGCCAGGAAUGGCGCACUCGUGACUUUAUUGUGGUAAGCUUAGGGGUCCCGAUUUGUGUCUUUAUUAUUCUGGCCAAUAUGUUGGUCAUAGUGGCCAUAAUCAUAAACCGAAAGUUCCACUUCCCCAUUUAUUACUUGCUUGGGAACAUGGCGGCCGCUGACCUCUUUGCUGGAAUAUCAUAUCUCUACCUGGUGUUUCACACGGGGCCGUGGACCAUCAGUUUGAGCAUGGAACAGUGGUUUGUUCGCGGGGCUUUGAUCAACAUGAGCCUGACCGCGUCUGUGGUCAACCUGCUGGCGGUGGCAUUGGAGCGCCAUCAGACCAUCUUCACCAUGCAGCUCCAUAGCACCAUGACCAUGAGGCGCGUGGUGAUGCUGAUAGUCACCAUCUGGUUGGUGGCCAUCUUCAUGGGUUUGGUGCCCACCAUGGGCUGGAACUGUCUUUGUGACCUGUCCACUUGCUGCACGGUUGCACCGCUGUAUUCCCGAAGCUUCCUAGUGUCCUGGGCCAUCCUCAACCUCAUGGCCUUCUUCAUCAUGGUGGCCGUUUACACUCACAUCUUCAUCUACGUUCGCCGGCGGAGCCAAGCAAUGUCCCCGCACACAGACCAGCCCUCCAACAAUCAGACGGUCAUCAGCCUCAUGAAGACCAUGUCCAUGAUUCUGGGAGCCUUUGUGAUCUGUUGGACGCCGGGUCUGGUGAUUCUGUUGCUGGACGGUCUCCGCUGCAGUGAAUGUCAGGUUCUUAAAUAUGAAAAGUACUGCCUGGUUCUGGCCGAGUGUAACUCUCUGGUGAACCCCAUCAUCUACUCGUUCCGGGACGAGGACAUGAGGGCCACCUACAAACGCAUUCUCUGCUUCCCUUGGAGAAGAAUGCAGCAGCAUGAGGGGACUUCUGGCAUCCGCUUCGAGCCUGUGAAAGCAGGGGCACCCUCAGAGAUAAACGACACGAUCUCCACCAGUUUACAGCCCAGUUCACCACAAAGCCUAUUGCCUUUAUAGAAAAAAGUAUUUCUCAGUGUAUAUAAAUGACUUUGUAUUUGCUUAGUGAAAUGAUCACCGCUUGUACAAAGAGUAAAUAAUACUUCAUUUCUGAUAGCUUGUUUUGGUAUGUUUUUGUCUCUCUCUGACAAUAGAUGCAUUAGGAGGCCUUUGUGUCGGUUAGUUACGAGGCACUGGCAGUUGGGCUGCUCACAGGAAGUUUUUCUUUUCCCAAAGCACAUGCAUUAAUAUUCAUAAAACGGCCCUUUUUGUUUGGUUUGGAAGGAGAUCAGAAACGGAACCGACAACUUUUGUGCACUUUUUUUUUGUGCACAGAUAUUCAUUUUAAAGUACCCAUAUUAUCAUUGUUCAAAAAUUCCUCAAUAGUUUGCUUUUGAGGUCUAUUUGAAUACAUUUGCAUGAGUUCAAAAAACAUUUUUCUCGUGCUGUACAUUGCUGCAGCACCUCUUUUCACUCUCUGCUUUCUGAAGCGCCAAGUGUGCUCUGAUUGGUCAACCGAUUAAAGUGUCAGAAAUGUAAUUCCCCUUACUAUAAUCACCUUUCAGCUCCUGAGGCUUCAUGAGCAGCUGUAAACAGUAUCAUAUACUAUGCCAUGGGUGUUAAAAGUCCAUUCUUGUGGUGAGAAAACAUUUCCUGGACAUAUGAAAUCACUUGUGAGAGCCACAGAUAUUACAGUUUAACUACAAAUGAAGUGUUUCAGGCAAGUGUUUUCUGUGAAAGAGAAGAACUUGUUUUGAUGAAUGUACUUUAACUGCAGCUUGUUUAUACACUAAAGGCAAUCAAAAAGCAUAAUACAGUAUAAUGCCACAUGCAUUACAAAAAACUGAAAGUCUUAGUAUAUUUGUUUUUCAAUAGAAUUAUCUAGACUUACUUAAAUCAUGAAACAUUUGUGAUGCAAAUGUAAAAUACUAAAAAAUUUAAACGGAACUGAAUUUAUGCUUCAAACAUGAACAAGCAUCUUGUCGAUGGGGUAUGACAGCUUAUGAAUUAAGUAGAUUUUUCUGAGCUCAUUGGUCGAUACUUGUUACUGUUGUGAUUAUAAACUCACUUCUUGUCA